AUGGGAAGGAAUCUCAGCCCGGAGCUGCUGAAAGCGCUGACAAAUCUUGACAAAGAUGGAGAUAGUAGAAAAUCUGCCAUGGAAGAAUUGAAGUCAUGCGUGAAAGAUUUGGAUUUGAAGACCAUACAUCUUUUUCUUGCAAAAGUUUCUGAGACCAAGGAAAGUGGUUCUUUAUCUGGGGACUUCGUAAUUUCACUCUGUGAAGAUCUUGCCCGGGUUCAUGGAGUUAAAAUUGUUCCCAUGAUAGACAGCAUCAUGGGAUCCAUAGUUCAGACCUUAGCUUCAAGUGCAGGGUCUUUCCCUCUUCAUCAGGCUUGCUCAAAGGUGGUCCCAGCAAUUGCAAGAUAUGGAAUUGACCCCAAAACUCCAAAAGACAAGAAGAGGCAGAUAAUUCAUUCCCUUUGCAAGCCUCUAUCAGAUUCUCUCUCAAGUUCUCAAGAGAGCCUAACUUCUGGAGCGGCCCUUUGCUUAAAGGCUUUGGUGGAUUCAGAGAAUUGGAGGUUUGCUUCUGAUGAAAUGGUCAACAGGGUCUGCCAGAAUGUUGCUGUGGCAUUAGAACUAAAGUCUAGUCAAACCAAUCCACACACGGGUCUGGUUAUGGCUUUGGCCAAGCGCAAUGCUUUGAUUGUUGAAGCCUAUGCAAGGUUGCUCAUACAAUCUGGACUAAGAAUGCUAAAUGAUGGCCUUCUAGAGGGGAAUUCUCAGAAGCGACUUUCAGCCAUUCAGAUGGUCAACUUCUUGAUGAAAUGCUUGGACUCCAGGAGCAUAUUCUCAGAGCUUGAAUUGAUAAUUGAGGAGAUGGACAAGUGUCAAUCUGAUAAAAUGGCAUAUGUCAAAGGUGCAGCAUUUGAAGCUUUGCAAACUGCCAAGAGAAUUGCAAUUGACAAAAAGCCAAGAUAUGUAAGAAGUCCUUCUUCAGUGACAGGGUCAAAUUUUAGUGGGAGAGAUAGACACUAUGUGGAAGAAGAGAAUAUUUCUGGUAAUGGAGAUCAUUCUCCUAACUCUGUCUCACCAGAAUCACGUACAGUGGACUUUUUCCCUGGAUAUGAAUCCGUUGUUGAGUCUCCCAUCUCAACAAACUUGAACUAUGAGCGAAGGAGUGUGAAUAGGAAGCUUUGGAAUAAUGAGAAUGGAGGGGUUGAUGUGUCUCUCAAAGAUGGCUUGUCUUCUGAGACAAGGAAAGAAAGUUCUUUGUUAGAUCACUCUGUGAGUCAAGAGUUUCCUAAUGGAAGGGGAGAUUCUGCAAAGGAUUUUGCUUAUUUCAUGGAUAGAAAUCCUAAGCAUGGAAUAUCCAGAAGUACCAUCUUAAGUCCCCAAAGGUCAAGCACGCAGGUUACUGUUGACAGCACUAAAAUCUUCAAGACCCCUAGGAAGUUCAUUCACUUUCUUCAAGAUCCAAAUGAUUUGAAUUUGGAUAUAUCUGAGAAACAGAUUGGAAGGUUCAGCAGGAGUCUAUCCUCAGGCAAUCUUGAGUGUGAGUGGAGCCCAACAUCUAACAAUAACCUGAACGGUUUCUCAGACCAUGUCAAGUAUGAUUGCAAAAUGAAUGAGAGCUUAUGUGCUGAUGGGGAGUUACAAGGUGGCUCAGAAUCAGUAUCAUCAACAGAUGACUUUCCUGGAGAUGCUGAUAUGCAGAUAACUAACAAUGUGGUUCCUGAAAAUAGAGAUGGUACACAAUCAUUUCGCACGGAAAAGGCACUUCAAAAGACUAAAUUUAAAUUGAUUUGUGGUCUUUCAUUCGUUCUUCUUGCAAUGGCCACACCUUUACUAUGGAUCAAUAGUCAGGAUGAAUCCCAUUGUCUUGUCCCAACUUGA